GAACAAGAGAGUUUAAGUUGUGGAGCGAUGGGUUUCCUUCCAAAACCCAUAGAACCAGCUGACUUAACAAAGAUUUACCAGUUUGCUUUAACCUACAAGAGGAAUGGUAAGUCAACAUUAUCAACCGUACAAAACCACAAGGAUGCAGAUGUUAGUGUCCCUCAGCAAAUCACGUUGAUUCCUGAGCAAGCUGACGUCUUAAGGACCAAGAAGAAGAACUGCUCAUCUAAAUCGGAUUCAAGAACCUUGAACAGUACAAAUGGAAGUUGUGUUAGUACGGAUGGUUCAAGAAAAAAUCGAAAAAGAAAACCCAACGGUGGUCCUAGUGAUGAUGGUGAAUCUCUGUUGCAACCCGCCAAGAAGAAAAAGAUUCAAUGGACGGAUUCUCUUCACGACCUAUUCUUACAGGCUAUCCGACAUAUCGGUCUUGAUAAGGCGGUGCCAAAAAAGAUCUUAGCGUUCAUGAACGUAUCAUACUUGACAAGAGAGAACGUAGCCAGCCAUUUACAGAAAUAUCGGAUAUUCUUGAGGAGAGUCGCGGAGCAAGGUUGGUCAAGCAUGUUGUCGGAUAGAGGCAUAGACUCGAUGUUUCGACAAACUCACAUUAAGGAGCCGUACUUCAACUGUUACACACCCUUUACUUCUUGGUAUGACACAAGUCUUAACAAUAGAUCAUUCUAUUCCAAACCCGGACAUGGCCUUGGACAGUCUAGACUCUUGUCCAAAACACGUGAGCCCGUCCGCUUCAACCAGAUGCCUUACAACUACAUGAACCGGUCAUCCACCUAUGAGCCGCACCAUAUAGGAUCUGGAUCAAACUUGACGCUGCCCAUCCAAAGCAACCUCAGUUUCCCAAACCAACCAUCUCAAAACGAAGAUAUAAGAAGCUUUUUCGAACCACCGGCCGUGAUGGCGAACAAAAUCGCCCAAACAUCUCAAGUUCUUGGGUUUGGACAACUUGGACCGUCAGCUAUUAUUGGUAAUAAUUUCAACAAUAACAUGAUGAGUAGCUAUGGAAGUUUGACUCCGAAUCAACCGGGACUUAGCCACUUCUCGUAUGGGAUGCAAUCGUUCUUAAACAAUGAGAACGCAGCAUGUAACCCUCAGCCACCUGCCAAUGCAACUACGCAGCCAAAUCUUGCUGAACUUCCUCAACUGGAGAAUCUCGACUUAUACAAUGAUCUCGGCAACACUAGUGAGCUUCCUUACAACAUAAGUAACUUUCAAUUCGAUGACAACAAGCAGCAACAAGGAGAAGCGGAUUCCACCAAAUUUGAUCUCCCUGCAAAUUCUUCGACUGAACUGAAUCAGAUUUUGUCUCUUGAAGACAGUGGUGACCGGACCUUCGUGAACAUAAACCAGGGUCAAUCUAAUGGAGAAACAUCGAACACUAUUGCUGCUCCGGAGACUGAUCCUCCAAUUUUCAACAUGAACCCUAAUCAGAAUCAGGGACAAGAUGUUCCAGAGUUUACCGAUUGGUCGUUUUUGGAUCCGCAGGGAUUGGUUGAUGAUGACUUCAUGAACUCUCUGUUCAACAAUGACAUGAAUUGAAAAGGGUUUUCUUCUCCAAGAUGUUCUCAAAAGCAAGGUGAAGAAAUAAAUCCGACGAUACCUA